AUGAGUAGGCCCGCUCUCGUCGUAUUUGGACCAAACUCGAGCGGAAAAACAUCGUUUAUUCAGCGCUUUCUCGGCAUUGGCAGUAUCCUACCUUCGGGUAUAGGGCCUGUAACAGCACGUAUCGUUCAACUCACAUAUGCAUCAGCUGAACAAGCAUGCUUUUGCGUUUAUGAAACAAUUGAAAAGACAAUGGUUCAAUACAGAGGUGAUUUGUCGUAUUUCUUUAAAAACCAGCUACAACCGAAUUGGGAAGGUAUCACUGAUGCUAUACUACCUCAUGUUAAACGACCUACCAAUAUCGAUGAGAGUUCACCGGAAUUCGAUGAAUGGGCCAAAUGUUUUGUUGAAGUCUCGUUGCCAUCGAAUGUUCUUUCGUUGGGUAUUGAUAUCUACGAUACACCAGGUUUUCUUUCUAACAAUCGUGAACAAGUAUUAACUGAUAAUUUGCAUAAACUCGUAAAACGCAUCAAACCAACUCUUGUCUUUCUUUACGAUAAUGCUACUAUCAGUGAUACCGAUAAAAGUUGUUUUCUAGCCAUGAAAAACGCUCUAGGUUCUAUGGAACGUGUGUCAGUAUUUUUCUUGAAUACCAAAGCCGAUUGUAUAUCGAUUGCUAAUGACUAUUUGCUUGAUGAUGAUCCUGAUAACGUACCAGAAGAUCUCUUCUGCGAUACACUACGUGAAAAACGUCAACACUGCUACGAACUCCUUCUUCGGCGACGUGAAAUGGCAAGUGAAGUACUAGGUCGUUUGCCUGAUUCGGUAGAUAAAUCUACAUGUUUUGAUAUUUGCACGAUUCCAGGUAAUUUUGAUCCAUGGGAAACAUAUACAAAUUUGAUCAAUGCCGCCAGCUUUCAACGUAUAGUUGAAUUUGCCGUCGAAUCCUAUUCUGCACCAACAUUAGCAUUAGCACGAGACAUACUUGCUACUGUUGAUGAUUAUUUCGAUUUGACUGUUUCAGCAGCAGUUCGUUUGCCAAACCAGUGGAAGACUUUGUAUGAUGAAGCCAUAGAAUGGGGCCGUAAUUUUUUUGAAGAAUACGAGAAAGUACUGCCAACGCUUACUGAUGAUUUAGUUACAAACAUUCUGCAUCUAUUUGAAGACCUAAAACCACAAAUCGCUCACCAAGCUGCUUUGAUCAUACGUACUGAUGAUCCUAUUGAUGCAUUACUACAAGACAAUGGUAAAACAAUCACAAACUAUAUCCGAUUAGCCGUUCAAGAGCAAGUUAUUAAGGUGGCGGCAAAUAAUGUAAUUAUUACCAGACGAGACGAAGUGAAAAACCUCAUUGCCAGUCAUUUUCAACAACAGCGUGGUAUACGUAAAAAUGAACUACUUACUAUUGCCCAACGACAAAUAUUAAGUGAGAUCUCAGCCGACGUAUUACAACAAAAUACUUUAUUCAAUAUUUUUCUUGAUAAUAUCAUUAAAUUACCUAUGAGGUUUAUGCGUUUCUGGCGCAGUUUACCCACGCGUCUUAGUGCUUAUCAAAAAGAUCUAUACAAUCGACAUAUUCAUGGAAAAAUAACACACGGAGACGAUGAUGUAUAUCAGCUACUUGAUGCUAUGGAUGCUUAUGCUACUUUGUCGAAUGAAACUAAUCGACGAACUUUUGCAGAUUAUUGCUUGACAAAGAUCGCAGACGAACUUGGACAACAAAAAGGAGCAUUCGGACGUAAUUUAAUCGUAUGGAUAGAAGUACAAAAAGAAGCAUUUAAUAAGAUUAUCACAUCGGAUUAUCAGUAUAUUACAAACCAUCUAUCUGGUCAGCAGGCACUUCAUAAUCUUAUUUCUCAACUUUCUGGUCCUUUUGCCAGCGUUGAAUGUCACUUAUUGGCCACUGUAGAACUUGUUAAACGACGCGCUGUACGCCCUAUCAUAAAUGAAGAAUUAGGAAGAGGUGGCUUCUACAGCGUGCAUGCAGCUCAAUGGAGUACGGAAAAUAAUUUAGCUGUAAAAAAGCUACUUCAUCCAUUAACCGACAAUGAGUAUAUGGUUGCUCUAGAAGCGCAUUAUCAUCGUGCAGCAACACGUUUAUGUUCAAAUUACAUUGUUCCACUUCUUUAUUUAUAUGAGAACAAUAUAAACGAUAAUCAACAAGAACUAUGGCUCAUAAUGCCAAAAUAUUCUAUGUCUUUGAGAGAUUAUUUGAGACGACAUAUUCAUGAAAUAUCUUUUGCCAAAGUUAUCAGUUUUGCACUGACAAUUGUCAAAGCACUGGCUGAGUUUCAUCGCCUGGAACUUGUUCAUAGAGAUCUUAAAGCUAGCAACAUUAUGCUUGAUGACAAUGAACAAUGCUACAUUAUGGACUUUGGUACGGCUAAAUUAGGAUUGUCCAAUCAAACUCUUCUAGGCACAGCUCCAUUACCACCAGAAAUGAUUGCCAUACAUGUUCAACAGCAAACAGGCACUGUCGCUUAUGAUGGAACCGCAGCCGACAUCUUUUCUUUCGGACUUCUUCUCUAUGAAAUGUUACCUAAACCUACUUAUGAACGACUUGAUUCUAAUGCACUCUUACAUCUAGAACAAAUCCUUCUCUCAAACCAACAGUCUGACAUAAAUACAAAAGCUUAUGAAGCUCAAAUUCGUGCAUGUCUUGAUAAAGAGCCUGCCAAACGACCGAGUGCAAUUAAAUUGAUUUCUGAACUGACGCGCAUUCAGCAUAGAACUGAAGUUAAACCAUGCAUGGUAUGUGACGAUCGGGAACGUGCAUUACGUUUCGUACCUUGUGGACAUAAAGUAAUUUGCGCUCAAUGUUGGGAGUCAUGGUGUGCUACGUCGAAUGGCAAUGGCCGAUGCAUUCUCUGCAAAGGAAUCGUUACAGGUCAAACACAGGAUGAUAGCAAUGCCACAUAUUACCUGCAGUGA